AUGCCACCAAAAGCCAAACCCUCUAGCAAGACCGUCUUGACGGUCGUCAUUAAGCUUGGUACCUCUUCCAUCGUUCAUGAAAUCACCCAUCAGCCACUGUUAUCUACGUUAUCUUCCAUAGUCGAGACGGUAAUAAGACUACGGGGUGCUGGUCAUAAAGUUGUGCUCGUGUCUUCUGGAGCGAUCGGUGUAGGGUUAAAACGGAUGGAAUUGCCAGCUCGACCUAAAAGCUUGUCGGGGAAACAGGCUUUGGCAGCGAUCGGACAAGGUCGUCUUAUCGCUCUAUGGGAUAACCUGUUCAGUCAAUUGGGACAACCGAUCGCUCAGGUGUUAUUGACACGAGGGGAUCUAUCUGAUAGGACUCGCUACCUGAACGCGGUCAAUACUCUUACGGAAUUGUUAACUAUGGGUGUCGUCCCCAUCAUCAACGAAAAUGACACCAUCUCCGUCAGCGAAAUUCGGUUUGGUGACAAUGACACACUGUCCGCGAUUGCAGCAUCGAUGAUCCAUGCCGACUACUUGUUCCUAUUGACGGACGUCGAUUCGCUGUACACCUCAAAUCCGCGCAAAGAUCCAGACGCACGAGCCAUAGAUGUUGUAUCGUCUGUCCACGAAAUCCGAUCACAAGUUAGCACUGCGACCUUGGGUUCGAAAUUAGGGACGGGAGGUAUGGAGACUAAACUCAUCGCUGCGGAAAUUGCUACGGGAGCAGGCGUCGCUACCGUGAUCACUUCGAGCAGACAUCCCGAAAACAUAUUCGGAAUCAUCGAGUACAUCGCCGCCGCCGCCGCCGCCGCCGCCACUCACUGGUCACCAUCGCAUCUUUUACUACGUCAGUCGAAUUCAGGAACGUCAACCCCUGAUUCCUGUUCCUCUGGUGGUGGUGGUGGUGGUGGAAGUGGAACUGAGACCCCACCAUCAAUGCAUUCCACUUGGAACAACGCCGCGCAACCAAAAAAAAAGUCAAAGUCAAAGUCAAAGUCAAACUCUGACAGUACUCGGCCUCCUCAUACCUUGUUCGUGCCUUCCGUCUUACCGCUAAAGGAUCUCAAACAGUGGACUUCCUACACGCUCACUCCCUCAGGAUCGGUGAUCAUCGACGAAGGAGCACACAGACAUCUUUCUAAAAGGGAAGCUGGUGGGAGACUUCUUUCGGUGGGUGUGGUGGGAGUUGAAGGGGUCUUUGCAUCUGGUCAAGCUGUGCGAAUCGUCGUUCGUCGUAAGAAACAACAACAGGAUUCCUCGAGUAGUAGGAGUGAGAGUGAGAGUGAGAACGAGAACGAGAGCGAGAGGGUCGAUAGGAAAAGUCCAUUUAAGCUCGUCGUUGAUCAGCGUAACAACAUUGAAGAAGAGUCGGGAAGCAGCAACGCGAAUACCCCCAGUCCUCCUCCCAUUACGCAACCUAACACUCCCGUCCUUCUCCCACAGAGUCUUACCUCUUCCAUUUCUUCAAUAGACCCACUAUCUCGAUCGACGUCGCUCACAUCACCCACUGGUUCCUCCAGUACUACUAUUUCAUCAUCAUCAUCAUCUACAACCACUCAUCAGCAGCACUGGCACCACCACCACCACCACCACCAUUCGUACAUUCAUCCCACUGCCACUACUACGCCCGUCAUCGAUGUCCCUCCCGCUAUUCCUGAAAUGGUGGAAGAAGAGUCGUGGUCGUCGGUCACGUUCAGCAAUAAUAAUAAUAAUAAGAACCCGUCAACGACGAGUUUAACGAAGUUGUCGUUGGAAGAGAAGAAUAAAGCGGAAAAGGAUGGAUGGGAAGAUGUCGAGGUUGGGCGUGGGUUGGCCAACUAUAACGCUCUGGAGAUUCAAAAGAUAAGAGGAAAGAAGAGUUCCGAUGUGGCGAGGGUGCUAGGAUAUGCCGAUUCGGAAUAUGUUGUGGAAAACAUUACUAUUCGGGACGCUUAUAAGCUGCGCUGA